AUGGUUGACAGCGCUUCGUCGGGCGAGCUGCGUGAGGAUUUUGAUCGGGAAAAUUUACAGCUCAGCAAAGACUUGGAUAGAAUGACUGAACGAGUGGAGAGUAUUGCAGUGGAUUUGACGUGGAUGGCAUACGAUAUGGUCGUACUGCGUACCGUUCCACAGCUUACGAAAUCCCUCAAGAGACUGGAAGAUGAGUACCUUCUGUGUAAAUCUGUAAUCAGCGGCUCCGCAGAAAAGGACAAUUUAGACGCCCUUUCUAAGAUUGUUGACCAGAAGUCAACCCAAGACUAG